ACUCCAACCUCACCUCACGUACGUUCUCAACCCCAACCCCCCAAAGCUCCUCGCUAGCAACACCCGCGCACGCGCGCGCGCCCCCACCUCUCCCGAGGAGCAAAAAAAGGCCAGCUGCUCUCGCGCCGCGCCGUAAUGGGCAACGCUCUUGCCGGCCGCCGGCGCGCGGCCAAGGUGAUGACGGUGGACGGCGCGACGUUCCGAUACAAGACCCCCGCCGCGGCGGGCGCCGCGCUGCGCGGCCACCCAGGCCACCAGCUGCUCGAGUCCGAGGAGGUCCGCCGGCUCGGCGUGCGCGCCCGGCCGCUAGACCGCGACGCGCCGCUCAAGCCCGGGAAGCUCUACUUCCUCGUCCAGAUCCCGCGCGGCGCCGCCGUAGGUUGCGCCGGCGACGACGACCCGCGCGCGCCGCGCAAGACGUGGUCGGGCGCUCUGCACGUGGGCGCCCGGGAACGUCUCGAGAGCCUGAUGCUGUCCCGGCGCACCGUGUCGGACGUGGCGUCCAUCAUGCCGUCGUCGGCCGCGCGCCUCGCCGCGGUGGGCGCCGGCGGGUCCCCGAACAAGCCGCCGUCGUCCGUGGAGGUCGGCGCGGACGGCGCGGUGCGGCUGCGGAUGCGGCUGCCCAAGGCGGAGGUGGCGCGGCUGAUGAAGGAGAGCAGGGACCCCGCCGAGGCCGCCGAGCGGAUCAUGCAGCUGUGCGUGGCCAGGGACCAGGGCGCCGCCGCGGCCCCGCCGCCGGUGGCGCGUUCCGCGCUGUCCGGCAGGAACGCGACGACGACGACUGCUGGCUUGAAGAGAGAGAAGCGUACGAGGUUCAUGGCGGUUCCUGACGAGAUCAUCGGAUGACACGGCGGGGAUCUCAAAGCAUACUCUUGCUUUGCCUUUCUUCUUGGGUUUUUCUCCCUUUAGUCGUCGAUCGAUCUCUUCGGCGAGAGAGGGCUAGAGGAGUUGCUGGGGCUUGGAACAUGAGAAGCUGCUCGGACACCUAUGGCUUCCUAUCUAAUCUCCCUAGCAAUUCCCCAAGUCUUUUUAAGUCUUAGGCAAUCUCAGAAAAAAAGAAAAAGUAUAUGUAGUAGUAGUAGUUAAUUAGGAAGCAGAGAAAAAUGAAGAAAAGCUUUGUACUGUACUGGUGUGAGACAUGGCAUCUGCAGACUGCAGCAACCACCAUGAUCAGACGAUCAGUGUGAAUGAGUCACUGAAUCAGAAUGUAUAUAUAUAAUUAGCAAGAUAUUACUAGCUUUACCUUAUUGUACA